AUGCCCGGGCCGGUGAUGUCGUUCGCCCUCGGGCUCGGGCUCGGCGUCGGCGUCCGCGUCCACGUCGCGUCGCGGCGGCGCGAGAAGAAGCGAACCCGCCGCGGUGGUCGGUCGUCGCGCGACGCCGCAGUCGACGCGGUCCCGUCCGCGCGCGUCGACGACGCGCUGCGACGCGCGUCGCUCAUGGCGAUGCGACGCCGCCCGACGCCGCGCAACUACCGCGUCACGGCGCCGACCGCGGCGUUGGAAUCCUCCUCGGACGCCGCGGACGCGGACGCGGACGCGGAGACGACCCCCGCGCCGCCGCCGCCGCCGCCGCCGUACGCGUCGCUCUCCGUCCCCGUGUACAGCCUCGCGACCGCGCCCACCUCCCCCGCGGGCGACAGCGCGGGCGUCGCGUCCAUGAACAUCACGACCUACGCGUGUCCGGUGACGAUAAAGCCGUCGCGGCGGAUGGCGGUCGCGCUGUACACGCACACGGCGACCGCGCGCAACAUGCUCGCGACCGGGCGCGGCGUGCUUCAGGUGCUGAGGAAGCGUCACGCGCCGCUCGUGGAGCUGCUCGGGAAGCGCAGCGCGCACGACUGCGACAAGAUGAAGGCGCUGCGAGACGACUUCGGGAUCGCGGUCGUGGAGCGGUACGGCGUGCGCACCAUCGCGGACGUCGCGGGCGUGAUGGAGCUGAAGAUCGUGUCGAUCGAGCACGCGGGGGAUCACCACCUCGCGCUGUGCGACGUCGGGGAGUACGAGAGCUUCGAGGGCGACGGGGAGGUGCUGUACACGGGGGACCUGCCGAAGGCGUCGUGA